GUGAGUCACUCGUGCGACACCAAGAGAGCGGAGAGGUUGUGAACGGAUCGUCAACAGUUGUCAAACAAGCAACGAGACUUUCGCCUCGCCGAACGACUCGACGAUAUAAAACGAACGAAUCGCACGGUCCGGUUACAAGCAGCCGCGCUCUUCUCUCUAAUGAAUACAAGACUUUGAUGAAUGUCUGAGAGUGAUUACGAUUCGGCGGACGAGUACACUAGCCUGAUGGACGGUCACGUCGCGGAGUCUCGUACGGACGACCUGAUCCUGGUCACCGAACGUCGGAAGGGACGCACUAGGAUCUCCAGCGAAGAAGUGGAAAAUGGAGUUCCCGAGGUGAACACCGAAGUAUCAUGUACGACUGUCACCCGAUCAAAUACAAGGAGCACUUCCGGUAGUAGUAAUCAAAGUAGACUGAGGCAUUACAGGGACGACGAAGAGGAAGAGUUAAAGUAUGGGGCGGCGCAUGUGAUCAAACUUUUCGUCCCCGUUUCUCUAUGUAUGCUGGUUGUAGUGGCUACUAUUAGUUCCGUGCAUUUCUACACCACUAAGGGAAUGUACUUAGUAUAUACCCCGUUUCACGAGGACAGUAACGACACGAGUACCAAAGUAUGGCAGGCGUUUGCCAAUUCAUUGAUUCUCAUGAGUGUCAUCGUGUUCAUGACUGUGAUACUUAUUAUUCUUUACAAAUACAAGUUCUACAAGGUUAUACACGGAUGGUUGAUCAUAAGUUCUUUAUUGUUGCUUUCUAUGUUUUCUAUGUUGUUUUGCGAGCAAGUGCUGAAAGCGUAUAACAUUCCGAUGGACAUGUUCACGUUAAGUAUAGGCUUGUGGAAUUUUGGGGUAGUGGGAAUGAUAUGUAUCCAUUGGCAAGGGCCGUUGCAACUUCAACAAGCGUAUCUGAUUUUCAUUUCCGCCCUAAUGGCACUGGUUUUCAUCAAGUAUUUGCCCGAAUGGACGGCCUGGGUUGUGUUGGGUGUCAUAAGUGUCUGGGAUCUGAUUGCCGUUUUGACACCGAAAGGUCCAUUGAGGAUACUCGUUGAAACAGCGCAGGAACGGAACGAGUCGAUCUUCCCUGCUCUCAUAUAUUCGUCCACAAUCUUGUACACAUUUACCGUAACUUACGCCGGAUACGUCCAGGCAGCUACGAUGGCCGGCAGCGACGCGACGUCGGGAGACACCACGACGUCUCCCACGCGGGAUCGGACGGAGAAUCAGCACAGUCGCGCGUCCGGUGACUCGGAGGAAGGUGGUUUCACCAAUGAAUGGGUGGAAACGCACGGUGAACGUUGCGCGAGACGCGCGCAAGAAGUGCGCGAGAACGUCGACACGACCACGAGGGAGACCACCACGAGGCAGCCGGACAAUUGCCCGCCGAUGCCGAUUGCCGAGGAGGAGCGCGGAGUCAAGCUGGGCCUCGGCGACUUUAUCUUCUACAGCGUGCUCGUCGGGAAGGCGUCCAGUUACGGCGACUGGAACACCACCUUGGCCUGCUUCGUCGCUAUUCUCAUUGGCCUCUGUUUGACGCUCCUGCUGCUGGCUAUAUUCAAGAAAGCGCUACCCGCGUUACCGAUUUCCAUCACGUUCGGCUUGACUUUUUACUUCGCGACGCGUGUGAUCGUCGCACCGUUCGCAGACAGUUUAGCGAGCGAACAAGUGUUCAUUUAGAGAUCUAGGCAUGAUAAACAUUACAUUAUUAUUGAGUAUAAUUUAUUGCAAGAGUCGAAUAUAUAUAUAUAUAUCGGAGGACAACAUUUACUUACCUGCUGGUACCGUACGCGCUACGUUCGAUUAUUAUACUUCAUCCGAUUUUUCAAAUUAUUCAUGUAUAUAUACAUAUUUAUGUAUAAACACACACACACACACAAGUAAUUUGCGUACGUAAACUUUUCGACUGAACGAAUCGAGGUACGCGUAUAUAUUAUGUAGAAGAACGGAGAGUACCUACAUUUUUUAACAUUCUCCAGAGAGAUAUAUAUAUAUAUAUAUAUAUAUAUAUAUAUCUGAAAUAUAUAUACAUAUUGCGAAAUGCUCAGAAAAGAAAUGGGAAAUAAUCUAUUUGUAAUUUAUAGGAGGAAUACACAGAGAAUAACAUAGAGAGUGUAGCUACUUAGUAUUUUUCUAUGUGAAGCGAGAGUUCAUGCGAGACACACAAAUGUUCAAAACGGUAAAACAUACUGUCGCGGCGUGACAUGUGAUACACAAACAGGAGAAUGCGCUGCAUUAUAACAAUUUAUUGUACUCCAUUGUUACACUUACAGAAACGUAGGUCUCGUAGAUCAAGUAUAAAAAAAGCGGAUGACGACGAUGAUUGCUCUCUCUCUCUCUCUCUCUCUCUCUCUCUCUCUCUCUCUCUCUCUCUCACACUCACUCACUCACUAUCUUUCUUUUUGUCUCUUUCUCUCCCCGUUCUCAAUCUCUUUCUUGAAAAUCGUAUGAGGUAAUGUCCGUUUGAAUAAGUAACUGCCUCUUUCAUAAUACACCUCGAUACACACAUAGUACGCACUUUCUCAUGAUGUUUGUGCUAGAGCGCCGUGUUCACUACUAUUACUACUUAGCCAGGGUGAUUCUCCCUCCUCUCCUCUUGGGGUUUUCGAGUCCGGUUACACACAGCCAUGGAAUAAAUACUUGCUUUUUUUUUCCUUUAACUACGAAAAGCAUAUUUAUCGUACUUGUGGCGCUUAGUCGUUAUAAUUUAUUUUAUAUGGUACUAAACAGAGUAGCAGCGUUCUCGAAGCUGAAAUAGUGCGUGUUUUAUGCCUCAACCCCUUCUUUUUGCUUUCUCCGCCGUCUCUCGUCUCCCACCCAAAACCGAUCGGGAUUAUAACAAGGCUGGAAUAUCCUGGCUAUGAAACAAAGGAAGCCGUUCUACAUUAUUUCGAGUAUUUCGAAAGUCUCUCGCAUGGCGUCGGAAGAAGCGUUUUGGUAUUAGUUAAUACUUAAUUCGCACGAGCCAAUUUGUGACCAGUCGUCAUUCGUAGCAAUGCGGCAACACUUCCGCAAAAUCGACAAUUUUCGUAUAAUAGUAGUAAUAAUAUAAUAAUACAAUAAUAAUAAUAAUAAUAUGCGAUCACUUUGGUUUAAUAUUAUUCAAAUAAAUGCCGAUGAUUGCAUAACGGUCCCAACUUUAA